UGUGUAAUUUUACUGUUGUGUCAGUCAGUCUGCUUCCUGCAUGCCCUAGCUCCACCCUCCGUCAUAUGACUCUGUCUAGUCCGCCCCUCAGGUUGAUCAGAUCCUGAUGUUCGGGGCAGAACAAUAGGGGGAGGAGCAGGUGCAAAAGCUCCAGGGCCCACAAACAACAGGGGAGCCCACCAACCACCUGUAGCCCACCCUGUAUCCUGCUAAUGCUUCCCACCACUCCCACCUCUGUGCAGAAUGCUUCUCCUUUGCACUUAACAACCUGACAGCAUCUCCUUCCUCCCCACACACAGAACAGAGGAGCUGCUGCGAACAGGAGCGUGGGGUUAAUAACCAUGGAGUGGCCUGGUGAUAGGAGUAUGAGGACUGGAGGUUGUACCUGCUGCUGCACACGUCAGACAUUACAGAAGAAGUUGCCCUUUCUCCGUUGGUUACCACUUUAUAAUCUGCACUGGCUGCAACUGGACUUUAUUUCAGGACUGACUGUAGGACUAACUGUUGUACCACAGGCGCUAGCGUAUGCAGAGGUGGCUGGGCUGCCUGUACAGUUUGGUCUCUAUUCUUCUUUCAUGGGCUGCUUCAUUUACUGUAUCUUUGGAACAUCUAAAGAUGUGACGCUGGGUCCCACAGCCAUCAUGUCUCUUCUUGUUGCCAUCUACACAUCUGGGGAUACGUCCCUGGCUAUUUUGUUGGCGUUCCUUUCUGGUUGCAUACAGCUGGCCAUGGGACUUUUAAAUUUUGGUUUCCUCUUGGACUUCAUAUCGUACCCAGUCAUCAAAGCCUUCACUUCCGCAGCUGCUGUAACUAUUGGUUUUAGUCAAGUCAAGAACCUACUGGGUUUGAAAGAUAUCCCGCGCCAGUUCAUCUUACAGGUUUAUCAAACAUUCCGCCAGCUUCCUGACACCAGACUUGGAGAUGCUCUCAUGGGGCUGCUUUGCAUUGUAUUUCUUGUGGCACUUAAAUGGAUGAAGGACCAUUCUCCCAAAACAUACAGAGGGGUGACGGUUUGGUACAGACUCUGCCAUCUCAUUGUUUGGGUUAUGACAACAGCUCGAAAUGCUCUGGUUGUGGUGGCUGCAGGGCUGGUAGCUUAUUCCUUCCAGGUUAUGGGUUUGCAGCCAUUUAUCCUCACUGGAAAGACUGCAGAGGGUCUUCCUCAAUUCCAGAUACCUCCUUUUUAUGAGACUACAGCCAAUGGCACCGUUACCUUCAGAAACAUGGUGCAGGAAAUAGGACCCGGACUUCUCAUCAUCCCUCUUAUGGGGUUACUGGAAAGUGUUGCCAUUGCCAGGGCAUUUGCAUCUCAGAAUAAUUACAGGAUUGACACCAACCAGGAGCUGUUAGCUAUAGGGUUUACAAACUUCCUGGCCUCAUUCCUGUCUGCUUAUCCUGUAACUGGAAGCUUUGGGAGGACAGCUCUCAACUCCCAGACUGGCGUGUGCACCCCAGCAGGAGGAAUCCUGACAGGGCUGCUAGUUUUGCUUUCCGUUGGAUACCUCACUCCUCUCUUCUAUUACAUCCCCAAAGCCGCACUUGCCGCCGUCAUCAUCUGCGCAGUGGCUCCCAUGUUUGAUCUGAGCAUUUGUAGGUCCCUGUGGAAGGUUAAAAGGCUGGACCUGCUGCCUUUUCUUGCCACAUUCCUCUUCUCAUUCUGGGAGAUCCAGUACGGGAUUCUUGCUGGGGUGCUGGUUUCAAUGGUUAUUUUGUGUUACCCUGUAGCUCGACCACAGAUCAAGGUCUCAGACACAAGCGGAUUAGUCUUGCUGCCAAUGAGUGGACUAAAUUUUCCUGCAACAGAAUUCCUCCGAGAGGUUGUGUAUGAGAGAGCUCUUACAGUUUCACCACCACGAUCAGUGACUCUGGAUUUUUCACAUGUUACUAUGCUGGAUUAUACGGUGGUUAAUGGGUUACAUGACCUCAUUCUUGAGUUUAAGUCUCAGGGUCUAUCUAUGAACUUUUGUGGGCUACAGCCGUCUCUCCUCCAGAUGCUACGGGCAACUAAUUUAAAGGGAUUUCAGACCCUUGGAACAACAGGGAACUUGUAUCAGGAGGACCCAGAGGGUAGCACUCAGCCUCUACUACACAGUGUCACCAGAACCUUGUCAUAGGUCUCUUCAUAGAUGAGGCAGAAGAAUUUUAGGAGAAGUAUAUCGGAAGCGGUUGGAGGGAACCUGCUGUCUGCUCGUUCAGAGAUGCAGUUAUCUCUACAGCGAGUGAUAAAACAGCUGCUCACAAGAACGUAUAGGAACACUAUCUAUUGGAAGAUAAUGCUUCACUGAGUAUGACUGCAGCAUGGACAACACACUACCAGUCACUUUUUUGUUUUUUUGUCAAUUAAAUCAGGCUGCUACUGGCACAUGUAAUUAGGGUUGCCACCUCAGCCAUGUUUUCCUGGACACUUAUGAGUUACACAUGCUGCAGGGUGUGCAGGGAGGAACAUGUAUUGUGUUUCUGGACAGCACUAUUCAUAUUCCUCCCUGUACACCCUGCAGCAUGUGUAACUUAUAAGUGUUCUGUAUUUUAAGGGACAGGUGGCAACCCUACAUGUAAUGGUAGCAAAAUGUAUGCAGAGCCCCUUGUAUAACACAGCAAGAAGGAAUGCACUGUUGAUUUAAAGGAAACUACAGUUUUUUAUCUCUAAUAUAUUGGCAUCAUUGCAGUAUAUCUUAGAAUUUUAAUUUCACAGUCUCAAUAUGAAGUUUAGCCCCACAAGGGGCCUCUGAGGACCAGAUACUCUCUUCUUCAGCUGUUUUUUUUUCUCUUCAUGUUUAGGUGGGCAGAUGCUCUACUGCCUAUCCAAUGGUAAAUAAGCAGAUCACACCACCAUGUUUAUUUGCAGUGAGAAUGAUCACGCAUGCGUUAUUGCCCACAAACACAAAAAUAAAAUAGCUGAAGGAGAGGUGUUUGGUUAACAUGCACUCAGGGGAGGGGGGUUAAAGUAACACUUUGGAAUCCAAGAUGUAAAAAUAUUAAGCAUACCUGUUCUAUAUACUGCAAUGAUUUGAAUACAUUGGAUUAUUGUCUUUUAAAGCCUAGGCAAGGAAGUAAGGCAUGAUAUGUAUAUGCUUUACCUUAUACGCUUUAACAGUGGCGGUCAAUAACUUAGCACAUGAUCUUAAAAGAAUACUAAACCCACAUUUUUUUCUUAAAUGAUUCAGAUAGAGCAUGCAAUUUUAAACAACGUUCUAAUUUACUCCUAUAAUCAAUUUUGCUUUGUUCUAAAGCAGGAAUGUAUUUUAGGUUCAGCACCAUGGAUAUCGCUUGCUUAUUGGUGGCUGACAUUUAGCCACCAAUAAGCCAGCAUAACCCAGGUUCUGAACAAAAAUGGUCUGGCUCCUAUGCAUCACAUUCCUGCUUUUUAAACAAAGAUAGCAAGAGAACAAAGUAAAAUUAAUAAUAUGAGUAAAUUAGAAAGUUACUUAAAAUUGCAUGGUCUAUCUGAAUCAUCUAAGAAAAAAUUGGGUUUUGUGUCCCUUAAAAUGCUUUCACUGUAUGAAUGACACGUAAAAUGCACAUAUGGUGCUUACGCUGUAAUCGGAAACUGACUGACAUAGUACCAUGUGGAGGGGGGGGGGAGGUGGCAUCCCUUGAAACCUUAUAAAAUGGAUGAAAAAAGAAAAACAUUUUUAUUGUAUAUAUAGUGUUUUAAUACAGUGUUUUUAAUAUACUUUUGAUUAAAGCCUAUUUAUAGGAAAACAA